UAAGGUUUCUGUCAUGUUAGGUUCUUGUUGCGCGAUUUCGUACCAGGCGGCAGAGGUGUUUAUGUGGGUGUUGUGUCUGAAGAUGUUUGAAUGACCUGAUACGUGUUUUAUUUUGUGACUAAUUUUAACCAAGGAUUUUAAUGCGAACCAAAUAUGCGAUAUAUGUACGCACGGAUUUUAAUAUCAAGUUUACUGCUUUACUCAGAAAUAAAAGUUUAAAAAGAGAUUGAUUCUGUAGGUUAUGUUAUGUGAAAAUGUCGAGGGUGACAGCCAGUGCCAUUUCUAUGAAGCAAGUUGCACAUUCGGACCAGCAGUCUACUACUGAAACCGAAAAUGGUUCACAGGUACAUAGCCGUCAAAACACACCAAUGUUGGACCAGAGCCAAGAAAUGGGCCCUCUAGCUACGAAAAUAGAAUGCCCGGAAAUAGUGAACACAGAUAUCACUUAUUAUGGAAUUUAUAUUCCCUCAGAAACUCAAUUAAUAGAAGAUAGUGAACAUGUUCAUGUAACUGUAGAUAAAAUAGAGGCCCUGAAGAUUGUAAAACGUUACAAAAAGGCAAGAUUUAAGGCCUUUAAAACAAGAGAUGAUGCUGUGGAAUUUGCUGUUAAUGGUUCUGAAAUUUUAAAUAAUAUCUCGUCUACUCAUGCUGAUGUUCCUGAAGCAGCAAGCCCAUUGGUGUUUGAGAAACCCAGUUUAUUUAAAGGACCUAAGGCCCAAGACCUAGUGCAGCUAAGAAAACAAAUUGAAUGUGGUGAUUUGAAAAGUGUAAGCUCUACUGUUUGGUCCAAUCCUAGAUACCUUGUCAGCAGUGGUGAUACUCCUGCCAUUUUACAAGAAGGAUCUCGAUACAAUGCAUUACAUGUGGCAGCUAAGGCUCGGAAUACUGCUAUGUGUGAAUUUAUAAUUCAGACUGUUAGUGAUCCUGCAUUUGUGGGUCUUUUGUAUGGAGAUGAUGACCCGGAGAGUUGCCAGGAAAGAGCAGCUAUUUUAUUAGAUUUAUAUUUGAAUACUCCUGAUAAAGGUUUAAAUGAAACACCUCUUCACUUUGCUGUUAAAUUUGGUGCUGUUGGUGUUGUUGAAGCUCUUGUGUCUUGUCCACAAUGUGACAAGAAUCCUAAAAACAAAUUUGGUCAAUCACCCAAAGAUAUUGUUUGCAGUAGAAUUUCUGGGUCUGAUGCUUCUCAUAAUUCCCAUAAUUUGAAAAAAGAAAUUAUGAGUUUGCUUGAUGAGAGAUUUUAUGUACCUGUUUUGAGAUCAGAAGACAAUUCAGUUCAGCCAGUUGUGGGUUCUCCAUUUUCUCCUUCUUGCCCUUUGGCUUUGAAUACUGAUCCAAUUAAUCCUCGGAUGGAGAUUCACGCUUAUGCUGGUCCUAUGAGUCAUGAUGAAGCUGUUGUAUUUCGCAAGAAAUGGAAGACACCACCAAGAAUUCAACGUAUUCCAUUUAAAAAUGGCCCUUCUAGUACUGUUGCAACAAUUCUUAGACUCCAAGAUACAGAAAAAGGUUUGGAGAGAGUGGGGAGAGAGCUUGCACAAGAAUUCAGAGUCAGUUGGAAAGAAUUUUGGCCUUUUCUUGGAAUAUUUACAGAUCUAUGUACACCAGAAGGAUUACAAAAAUUAGAAGUGUAUCUCAAAAAUAGAUUUAUGCAAGUGUUUAUGAAAUCACCUCCGAAAGAAAAUUUUAAAUCGACUGGUGUUUCUAAAGAACAGUCAGUUCCUGUUACAACUACCUCUAAAACUGAUGGAGCUGAUGGUGCUAUCAGUCCUAUGUCAGAUUUAUGUUUAGCUUUUAAGGCCUGUAGCCUGACGGACAAUCCAUCGAUUCAGACGACAGAAAGGAAACCAGUUAUGAAAAUGAUUAACAUGCCAGGGGGAGAUGUAUGUGCAAAUGCUGAAAAUGAAUCAUUAUUGAAUGUGUUAUCGAAUCCUGGUCUAAGUCCAUUUUUAUAUGUAGAGAAAUCAUGCCAAGUAUUUGCUAAACGAAUUGGUGAUGGACUAGUUCAUUUGGUAGUAAUGGAAGAAGUAAUGCGAGAUUCACAACCAUGCAGUGAAUCAGUUUUUGAUUUUCUUUUAGUGGAAGUCAAACAUUUACAAGUUCUUGUCAAUAGUUAUAUGGAUGAUCCACGGUUUGUGACAGUUGAUUUUCAUUUGAUUCAUUCUCGAAUUGCCACAUUAGUAGCCACAAAAAUAAUCCAACUAUCCAGUUGGGAUGUGGAAUUGAUAAUUUCUUGUUUAAAGUUAGCUCUGUUAGCGCACAAAGGAAUAGAACCUCCAUCAUCAGAUGAAGAAGAUAUUACAAAUUCUAAUUCUCUGUAUAGAACUCGAAAAUGUGUAGAGAGACGUAAAAAAUCAGACAUUUCUUCUAAAAAUCAUGUGAAGUGCUUAUCACAGAGUAUAGUAGAUGCCCUAACCCGCCUGGAAGAGAAUGAAAACAUAGCAGCUGACACACGUGUUGAUACUGAAGAUGAGUGUAUGAAAGUGUGGUCAGAUGCCAUUGCAUGUACUUGCAGCUGGCAUAUGCAGAGUUUAUCAAGAAACUCUCGCAAGGGUGCUUCUUUGAAGCGAAGUCAUAGUAUGAAGCCAGUUGUAAUUACAGAUAUUGCAGUAUGUCAUGACAAUAAAAUAUCUUCCUUGAACUGCAUUUCUAGACGACUAAGUUACUCGGGAUGUGAUAAUGAUCUCAAUGUUAGUAAUAGCUGUAAGAGCCCAAAUAUGAACACUCAAACUGGAAGAAAUGACACUAAAGGAUUUAAAUAUCAGGCUGAUGCAUCAGACACUGACGAUGGAUCAGAAUCAGAUGUUGAUGAAGCAUUUUAUACUCCACCUACAUCACCUGAAGAAGCCUCAUCUGAAGAGGAGAUGGCUACCGCAGAUGAAGGCAUUGGUGUCUAUAUAGAAGGUGAGAAUCCAAGCAAAAUGGACCUGGCAGUAUUACAGGCGAUUCAAGAUUGUAAAAUAACUGCUGCAGAGUACCCCAAUGUGUAUCGUUGGAAGCAUCUGGUCCUGUUACACAGUGAAAAGGAAAGAAAUAGUUGGGCUAGUCCUGCAACAUUGCGACGCCUUCAGAAAUCCAGGAUACAAUGUCCUGCAAGCCCCAUGUCUUCCUCACCACGGGUUUUGCGCAGCCCCCAUGAUCGAACAUCUCCACAAGCUUGGCAUCGGGUAGCAGGCCGUUACACACCAACAAGACCCAACUGUCAUGCAGACUGAGAGACAACACGAAUGUCACAGUGUGCCUUCCUAAGAUUUAGAAAGAACUAGGUCUCUGACCUGUAAGCAUUUUUAGCUGUACUUUUUUUUAUUAUUAUAAUUUGAUACACAAGUUUUAUAUCAAGACAAAGGAUAUCUAUUCCAGUGUCUCUGUACUUAAAUACCUAGAUUUGUGUGCUCUACAGGAUAAUUUCAUUUGCAUUUGCAAUGGGAAAGGUGUUUCAUUUGUGGAAAAAUUAAACAAACAAUGUGAGAAGUGUAGAGUAGGGAAGUAUUCUGAAAAUCCAUUUAUUGAUUUGCAUCUGACUGUUUUUGUAGAGUUGUAUAACAAGUAAGAUUAAUGUUUUAUAUUCAGAUGCUGGGCAUAGUUGGAUCUGUUAAUAUAGAUGGUCAGUCUGUUGUUUAUCUUGUUGAGAAUGUUGUGAUUUAUUUUAUUUAUUUUACUAUGUUGAGUUUCUGUCAGUCCUUUUCAGUCAAGUUUAUUUUAAAUAGUUUUGACUAGAUGAAAAUUCAUGUCUUGAAUUUUUAUUCAUCAUGUUUCUUGGCUCUCUCUGGUAUUACUUUCUAUUUCAAUAUUUCUCAGAUAAUAUAGUAGAAAUUAGUAAAAAAAGAAGGAAAAAAAGCUUUUAUUAAUUUUAAAGAUAUACCUUUUUGUUGUAUUCAUUUGUUGUUCUUUGCUCUUGCAAUGAAGUCAAUGGCUUUGAAAUUAAUUUCGAAAUUGCAAGGCUUCAACUGUCUUUUCAUUGCUGGAAGUAAGGCAGUGUUUAGCUUUUUAACAUAUUAAUAAGAAGAAAAAAAAUUCCACAUGAAUUGUGGUGCUUUCUUAUAUAUUUACACAUGCACUAUAUCCAACAUUUAUUUUGAUAAAGUU